AUGACCGGUCUCAGAUAUGAUCCUGAAUAUUUUAAGGCUAUUGAGCCUUUCAUAAAGGGUCGUAAAACUGCAUCUGCAAAGACUGUUUCCGAGAUUCGCACCAAUACGAAUAACAUCAUAAGCCAAGUCAUCGGCAACUCUCCAUAUCCCGCUGGUGUGACCGAAACCAUAUACAAGAUCAAGAGCUAUGACGGAGUCGAGAUCGAGUACACACGCUUUGCAUCCGAAGAAGCCUUAGCCUCAAAGGAACCUACACCAGCUGUAGUCUACUUUCACGGUGGGGCUUUUAUAGCCUGUAGCGUCAAGCUCUUUGCACCGCAAAUCGCUCGUUUAGCUGCCAAUACGAAUCUGCCGUAUUUCGCAGUGUCAUACCGACUGGCGCCGGAGCAUCCAGCCCCAGCUGGAGUUGAAGAUGCUUAUGCGGUUAUUCAGCACCUUUUAGAAUCUGCUAUUAAGUUUAACAUCGACCCUACCAGGAUUGCCGUCCACGGAGAUAGUGCGGGCGGAGGUAUCGCUGCAGGCGUUUGCCUACUUGCCAGGGACCGCAAGCUAGAGCCCCCUAUUGCCAAGCAAAUCCUUAUUUAUCCCAUGCUGGAUGAUCGAAUGAGAGUCGAGCAAGACGAUCCCAGUGUCAAAUUCAUGUCAUGGACACCGACUACGGCCACUAUCGCCUGGGAUGCCUACCUCGGAAAGGCUCGAGAAGGAAACGAUGCGCAAACCUUAUCUUAUGCAGCGCCGGCUCAGGCCACAGGCUUACGGGGCCUACCGUCCACCUACAUUGAGGUCGGAACAUUGGAUCUUUUUAGAGAUGAAGAUUUGGAGUAUGCUAGACGACUGGCUAACGAUCAUGUCGAAGUUGAGCUUCACCUUUGGCCGGGACUGCCACACGGAUUUGAUGGGGUUAUGAUCACAAGCUGGUAUAAGCGGUCACAGGAGAGUCGCUUGAACGCCCUGAAGAGAAUUGGAGUUUAG